AUGUCAGACAUUCCUCCAAGCUGGGCCGGGAAGAUUAUCUGGAUGGAGGAUUUCCCUGUGGUGUUAAAUGAUCAACUAUUCUUUAAACCAAAACUACUUCUUCUUCCUUUGAACAUCCAAUGUAACACGCAAGCAUUCAUUUCAUACCAUAGCUGUUCUGUACCGGCGAACUCAUAUGCAUUGGACAAGUUAAUUCACAGCUUGCGCAAAUUUGAGGCGGAGAUCGUUGGCUGGAGGCUGACUCAUUUGAAGAUUUUAGAAUCAAAGUUAAAGAAUUUCAGAGAAACUGACUGUAGAGACUGGAGAGAUAGUGAACAAUCAUAGUAAAAAGGAAACAAUUGUCUGUAAACUAAUGUCAUUACUACAGACUCUGAGGCAAGAUUUGGAGAUCUGACAUAAACAAGAACAAACUUGGUUAAGUAAUCUUAGCAAAAAUGAAGUGAAAGACACUUGUGACAGUACUGAUAAGAGUAUUUCCAGGGAACAAGUAUCUCCCCUAACAAUCAAAAGUUGUGCUGGAGAUGAUGCUGACAUGAUGUUGACAUGCAAUGAUUGAUUUGACAGAUAUUUGUGAAUGAAAAGUAGAUGUACCAUCUUUUAAGACAUUGCAACAAAUUCACUUAGGAUCUUCUGAUUUGUCUGGAGAUAGUGAUAUUGAAGUUAUUCAAGUUGUCAAAAAUCAACAAGUUAAACUUGAACCUGAAACAAUUGUCAUGAAAGAUUUGACAGUACCUCCUCCACCAGAACAUCUUAUCUUUGAAAAUGAAGAACAGAAUUAUGUAGAUAACUUGGACAUCAGCUCUGAGGAUAUUCCCGAAUUUUUGGUCACCAAGACUGGAAUUUAUACAGAACAUUUAAUCAUGAAGAACACUGACAAUGUUCCAGAGCUUUCGAUCACGGAAAAGAAUAGAUGUUUCAGCUGA